UGCAGGAUCCGCUAACCCGAAGUCCGUUGCUGAGGAAGCGAGGAACUAGAAAAUGUUCGAACACGAAGUUUUUCAGGUCAUAUUAGAUUGCAGCUUUAACUCAUUUUGGGAGUUCUAAUGGGGUUUAUGGACAAUAUGCUGCAUCCAGAAUCUCUUAAAACAGUUACAUCGGUAAAUAGUGGCCAUUCUGAAGGAAAAUUGGGAAAAUUGUCUAUGGAAAAUGGUGAUUGUUCUUUCCACACUGGUCUACCGAAGUAUAAGAGGCGCUCAGUUUCUUCUGUUCGUGAUUUCCCACCAGGAUGUGGACCUUUUGUACAAAGAACCCACUCUCUUGAGCCAAAAAGUGUUUUGACAUCAGAGGAUGAAAAAGUGGUUGUUUCAUCUGGUCAAGCUAAUAGACUUGAAUCUGUGAGUGCUGAACAUGUGGAAUCACAGUCACCAGCUUCACAAGCUUUGAAUAAUGCAUGGUUGAGUGAACCUGUAAAGGGUUUAGAAGAUGCUGCCAUGGCUGUAUUGAAGGAUUUACAUUUGGUGGUUGCUUCGGCUUCAAAAGAAGAAAUGAUCUCGCCGAGUAGUUUUAAAUCCUUCUCACCAUCCGAUGGAUCUAGUGCUGUUCCUAAUGGCAAUGGUUUGUGGGGGACUACGGAUAAAAGGUAUCCUCCUCGAAGAAAUGUUUCAGCCAUUAGAGACUUCCCUCCCAUGUGUGGAAGAAAUGCUCCAUGUCUUAGUAAAGAGAGUCUGAAGGUGUUUAGUUCUCCAAAGAACAAUAUUUUGGGUCAAGAGAAGUCUGAUAUGGAUGACAGGAUGUUCAAAAAGACUAUAGAAACUAGAGUGAGGCUAAUGGGAGAGGAUGUUGAAGAUAAAGAUGUGCAGGAGAGCAAAUUGCGGGGAAAUGUUGAUCGCCAGUCUGGGACAGUUGUCAUAAAAGAAUCCAAGGACAUUGGAGAACUGGAAGAAAAAAUGGGGAAGGAGAUAGUAGUUUACCAAGAGGACUUGAGCAUAAAGAGAAAGCUUUCCAAAAUAUCUGGAAAUCAGAACUGGCUGCUGGAGGAUGAAAAAGAUAAUGAGAGUUUGGAACCUAUGCUGGACUGGGUUGUGGUGCAAGGUCUGAUGGCUGCACCAAAUUGUCCUUGGAAGAAGGGGAAAGGGGCCUAUAAACCCCAUCAAUCUGGUGCUACAAGUGAAAGCAAAGAGAAGAAACAUAGUUUUCUACAGAGUGGAAAAUAUAAAUCUGCUGUCAGGACAAAGCAUGAAGUGAAAGAUUCUGUAGUGAAGUCUAAAAAAAAGAAGUCAGUUGUUGCAGGAAACACUGCUAAUCAAAGAGUUGGUCAAAUGGUUAUUGCAGAUAAGAAGGAUUCUGCUGAGGAUGAUGAUGAACAUGACGACUUUCAUUUGGCUCCGAGGCCACGUAGUUUUGAAGUAAACGUUCCUCCCAUUGAAUGGAGUGUAAGUUCUAAUGGUCAAAACAAUGAUGCUGUUACCCGGAACAAAGUGAGGGAGACACUGCGUCUAUUUCAAGCCAUCUGUAGGAAGCUCUUGCAGGAAGUAGAAGCAAAGUCAAAGGUAAAAGGGAAGUCUAAGGAAAAUAAGGAAAAGAAAAGGAGGAUUGACUUUGAAGCAGCAGCGAUUCUGAAAGACCACAAAAAAUAUGUUAACACUGGAAAGCAAAUCUUGGGAUCUGUUCCAGGAGUUGAAGUUGGUGAUGAGUUUCACUAUAGGGUUGAACUUAAUAUUAUUGGUCUUCAUCGUCCGAUUCAGGGUGGUAUAGAUUAUGUAAAGCAUGGUGGGAAGAUUCUUGCUACUAGCGUUGUAGCAUCUGGGGGCUAUGCUGAUCUUUUGGAUAAUUCAGAUUCAUUGAUAUAUACAGGCCAGGGAGGAAAUGUGAUGCAUGCGGAUAAAGAACCUGAAGAUCAGAAGCUUGAAAGGGGAAACCUCGCUUUGAAGAAUAGCAUGCAUGAAAAGAAUUCGGUUAGGGUGAUCCGUGGCUCUGAGUCUUCAGAUGGAAAAACAUAUGUCUAUGAUGGGCUAUAUUUGGUGGCAAAGUGUUGGCAGGAGUUGGGGCCGCAUGGUAAGCUGGUUUUUAAGUUUCAGUUGGACAGAAUCCCUGGUCAACCAGAGCUUGCUUGGCAAGAAGUCAGGAAGUCCAAAAAAUACAAAAUAAGGGAGGGUCUCUGCGUAAAUGAUAUCUCACAAGGGAAAGAGUUAAUUCCCAUUUCUGUUGUGAAUACCAUAGAUGAUACAAAACCUCCACCAUUUACAUACAUAACUAGCAUGAUAUACCCCGAUUGGUGCCACCCCUUACAGCCUAAGGGUUGUAACUGCACCAAUGGAUGCUCAGAUUCUGAGAGAUGUCUGUGUGCAGUCAAGAAUGGUGGAGAAAUCCCAUUUAACCAUAAUGGUGCUAUAGUUGAAGCAAAGCCCCUUGUCUAUGAGUGUGGUCCUUCUUGCUCAUGUCCUCCUUCUUGCCAUAAUAGAGUUAGUCAGCAUGGUAUCAAAUUUCAGCUUGAAAUUUUUAAAACCAAAUCUAGGGGAUGGGGGGUGAGAUCCCUUAAUUCCAUUCCUUCUGGAAGUUUUAUAUGCGAGUAUAUAGGAGAGCUCCUUGAAGAGAAGGAAGCUGAGCAAAGAACUGGUAAUGAUGAGUAUCUGUUUGACAUUGGGAAUCUCUACAAUGACAGUUCUCUUUGGGAUGGACUCUCGUCCCUUAUGCCUGAUGUGCAAGCAAGUUCCUCUGAAGUUGUGGAGGAUGGUGGCUUCACUAUUGAUGCAGCGCAGUAUGGCAAUGUGGGGAGAUUCAUCAACCACAGUUGCUCUCCCAAUUUGUAUGCGCAAAAUGUCCUAUAUGAUCGUGAUGAUAGGAGAAUUCCUCACAUAAUGCUUUUUGCCGCUGAGAACAUUCCUCCGUUGCAGGAGCUGACUUACCAUUACAAUUAUGUGAUAGAUCAGGUUCAUGACUCAAAUGGCAAUAUAAAAAAGAAGAGUUGCUAUUGUGGCUCUAUAGAGUGCACUGGCAGGAUGUAUUGAGGCAGAGUGCAGCCAGUUGGAUUUCACGGAGAAAAGGAAUUUACCCUUCAGUUAAGGGACAUGGGUGGAGCAGCUUGUUUGGUGGGUGCGGUGGUCUUGUUUGGAGGUACAAAAGGAUUUUCAUCUUUGUUCUAAAGAAUGUAGGGGAAAGAAGACGAUGAUGGCGAAGAAUCUUCAUGUUAUGGAGGUAAAAUUCAGAGUAUGGAACUCAGACAUUGUAUGGUGUCUGGGUAUUUUUUGGGUUUCAUACGGGUUGGCUUCAUGCCAGCCACCGAUGCCAAGUUAUAUACUGUUUCUGAGUGCGCUUAUUGCCAGUGCCUGUGAUUGUGGAUGUUUAUGAAUCCUUGCUUGUGGAGAGGACUAGAUUUCCAAAUACAAGUGACAUUGGUCUAAACAAACUACUCAGUAUGGUUGCAUUUUAUAUGUUGAACUUGGUGACAGAAAUAAUUGUCAGAAUCAAUAACUUCCUGUUUACUAAUUACCAUGGCACUUUGGUUUUUGGCUGAUCCAUUCUUCGCAGAUGAAUGAGCCUGGAUUUGUUUUGCUAUGUACAUAUGAUUUUCUUGAUAUCAGAUUUAUCCUUUAUGAUCUGAA